UUUGAUUUCUUCUUCUUCUUCUUCUUCUUCUCACCGGCGCCGGAGAUUAACUGUUAGCAGCAUUUUUGUAGUUUUAACUCCCUCUUGGGGAAUUUUUUCUAUACCCAUCUUGUCCCUUUCUCUCGCAUCAUCUGAGCUCCAAAACCAAAUCACUGUCCCGUCUCCCAUCUUGUUACUGAUUAUUUUGAUAAUUCAUUCUUGUUGAAUUUUGGGAUAUUUUGGUUUUAGUAGUAGUAACUGAAUUUAUACUAGUUUCAGUGUUUGGGGUGUAAGUUGGCGCUAAACGGCGCGCCUUUUUUGAGAUUUGAAAGAGGAUUUUUCUCUGCUUUGGCUAGCCACUUUGCAAGCUUUGCUUCCCUCCACUAACCAACCAUGAACGACCUCCCACCCUACCCUCCCAUAGAUCCAACCACCUUCGACCUCAUCGUUAUAGGUACUGGCCUACCCGAAUCCAUCGUAGCCGCCGCCGCCUCCACUGCCUCAAAAUCCGUCCUCCACCUCGAUCCUAAUCCUUUCUAUGGCUCCCACUUCUCCUCAAUCCCUCUUACCGAUCUAUCUUCCUUCCUCUCCUUCCACUCAACGUCACCCUCACCCUCGCCCUCGCCCUCAUCCAACGGCCAUCACGAUUUCACCGCCUUGGAUUUCGCCAUUCGUCCUCUCUACUCCUCCCUCGACAUCUCCAAUUUUUCCCCUCAACUCCUCGAUCAACACUCGAGAAGGUUCAAUAUCGAUGUGGCUGGACCAAGGGUUCUCUUUUGUGCCGACAAAUCCAUCGAUCUGAUGCUAAAAUCUGGAGCCAGCCAGUACAUGGAGUUCAAGAGUAUUGACGCCAGUUUCGUAGGGGACGACAAGGGGAACCUCUGGAGUGUGCCAGACUCGAGAGCCGCCAUAUUUAAAGACAAGAGCCUUGGACUCAUGGAGAAGAAUCAGUUGAUGAGGUUCUUCAAGCUGGUGCAGGGACAUUUGGCUGGCGAAGAGGGCCUCAAGAUUUCGGAGGAGGAUUUGGAGAGUCCGUUUGUUGACUUCUUGAAUAAAAUGGGAUUGCCGCCCAAGAUUAAAUCGUUUAUACUGUAUGCAAUAGCAAUGGCGGAUUAUGAUCAAGAAGAUGUCGGAGUUUGUCAAGAUUUGCUCAAGACAAAAGAUGGAAUCGAUCAAUUAGCUCUAUAUAAUGCAUCCGUUGGCAGGUUUUCAAACGCACUUGGGGCUUUGAUAUAUCCUGUCUAUGGGCAAGGGGAACUAUCCCAAGCCUUUUGCCGUCGUGCUGCUGUCAAAGGUUGCCUUUAUGUAUUGCGUAUGCCAGUUACUUCAUUGCUGGUAGACAAGGAUAGUGGGUGUUAUAAGGGUGUUAGAUUAGCUUCAGGUCAAGAUAUAUUCAGCAAGAAACUAAUCCUUGAUCCAUCCUUUACGGUACCUUUGCCAUUGGGCUCACCCUCACCACAUCCACUGCAAGAAAAGCUUCCUCUUUUCAGUCUUAGGGAUGAUAGAGGGAAGGUAGCAAGGGGAAUAUGCAUCACAAAGACUUCUUUGAAGCCAGACGUAUCAAACUUUUUGGUUGUAUAUCCUCCUAGAUCAUUGUUUCCCGAGCAGGUUACAUCAAUCAGACUCCUCCAGAUGGGUAGCAAUUUAGCUGUUUGUCCGCCAGACAUGUUUGUGAUAUAUAUCUCGGCAUUAUGUACUGAUGAUGAUCAAGGAAAGAAGUUACUACAUGCAGUCAUGAAUACUCUUGUUACCCUUCCUGUUUCUACAAAUUCUGAGAGUAAUGCUGCAGUUCAAAGUGAGAGUGCUGAAAGUGGUGGUGCAGCUCUAAAUGAGACUGCAGAAAGUAGUUUCACCGAUCAAAAUGACCUUGGAGAAGGAAAACCUACUUUACUUUGGAGUGCAUUGUAUAUUCAGAAGCUCACUUUGGGUCAAGUUGAUUUUAUCUGUUCAGGUCCCAUGCCAGAUGGAAAAUUGAACUAUAAUGAUCUUCUAGAUGCAACUGUUAAGUUAUUUCAGGAGAUUUACCCUGACGAAGAAUUCUUUCCGGAGACAUCCACCUCAGAAUUCUCUGAGGAUGAUGGUGGCGUUGCUGUGGAGACAUAGAGAUUCAGUGGAUGCAAUAUUCUUUCCUUGAUGGAGCAUCAAACAAUCGGGAUUCUUUUUGCAACAUUAUGCUCAAUUGAUUGGAGAAUGCUGCUAUCUUAUGAUCUAAUGAUGAAGAAAGAAGUAAAGGGAUUUGACAUUACAUACAAUUACACACACCAUGGUGAGGAAAGCUAAGAAUUCGACCGUCUUUGCAGAUAAUCACAAACAACUCUAGUCUUGAUUUCCCUUGUAUAAACUUGUGUUGUAUUCUACUAUCUCUUGCUACUUAGAUAGUUGUGAUGUAACAGUUAAAAGAAAAUACAUUUUAAUCUGUUCCCAAAGUAGGAAAAAGUGUUGCAGUAGCAGUUAUGAAGACGAAAGAGUAUUUGGUCGUUGCAUUUGUUGUU